CCAGCCCAGGACCAAAAUCACCCAAUGUUUACAUAUCCUUGCAUCUCGAGGUCUGAGGCUUUGACAUGACCUGACUUUUACCUGACCUGCACCCUUGUGACCUGCAGCGGCCGUCGGGAGAGCAGGAUGUGGCAGUGCAGGAAGUGUGGCAGGCCGGUCUUCUUCGCCGAGCGCAAGCAGUCUCUGGGUUUCGACUGGCACCCAAACUGUCUUCGGUGCGAGGAGUGCGGCAAAAGGCUGAACCCGGGGCAGCACGCAGAGCAUAAGGGAGUGCCGUACUGCCACCACCCCUGCUAUGGCGCUCUCUUCGGCCCGCAGCUCUUCGGGCACGGCACCAGGAACGAGUGCCACACCUCCUUUGGCAAAGUGGAGAACAGGGACGGGCAGAUCAAGAGAUCCCACCUGGAGUCGAGUCUCAAGGCGUACAACCAGUUUUACGAGGGCAAGCCGGGGGAGAUCAGGAGCAGGGAGGUCAAUGGGCGGAUGAUCCUGGAGGGGGUGCUCAAGAUCUACUGGGGGGUGCAUAACGUCAUCCAUCUCAAGGAGGAGGAUGACCAGCGCACCAUUGCUCUCCGCCGCCGAUCAACCGCUUCUAUACCAUCGUCAUCCGCCUCAGCCGCCUCGUCAUCUGCCACCUCAGCCGCCGCUGCCACGGAUGAUUUCUACUCGACUGAUAGUGAGGAGGACGACUAUGUGAAUGGCUCCCGCACCCCCCAGUCCCCCAGCUCCCCCCUCACCCCCCUGCCCCUCACCCCCCAACCCCUCACCCCCACCAAGAGAAGGGGGCAGGAGGAGGAGGAAGAGGAGGUGGAAGGCAGAGAAGAAGGAGGAGGAGGAGGAGGAGGAGCAGGAGUAACAGAAGAUGGGUGUAGUAAUAUUGACACAUCUACUACAACUACUACUACUUCUACUACUAUUGACAACUACAACAACAACACAGAAUCAGAGAAUGGAAAUGAGGUUACUGAGUCUACUACUGCUACUACUACUACUGCUACUACUGCUACCACACCAGUCCGCAGGGCCGCCACCAAGACCGGGAGCUCCGCCAUCCGCCGCAGGCCUGGCCGCCGGAUGAAUAAGACCAAGUUGAAGCGUCGGUGUUCCAUAAACGGCCACUUCUACCUGCGCGAGACCAGCUCCUUCACCCCUCCGCACGGCUCCCCCUGCAGCGUGUGGAUCACCUCCCUGGUCACGGUGGAGGAGGUGCUCAACAUGCUGCUGGAGAAAUACCGAGUCGAGAUGUCCACGCGGAACUUUGCACUCUUCGUUAUAAAGGACAAUGGAGAGAGGCGUCGCAUAAGGGAGGAUGAGUACCCCCUAAUCACCAGGGUCAUGUUGGGGCCGCACGAGGAGGUCGCGCGAGUCUUCAUCGUCGAUGCACAGCAGACCGAUGAAAUAUCUCCGCAGGUGGCACAGUUUCUUAACCUGAGUCUGGCCGAGUGCCGCGCCAUCCUUCACCAGUACCAGCAGGAGGAGAGCCGGCAGGUGUUGGCGGUGCGGCAGAAGUAUGCAGACAUGGCCUUUUACAUCCAGAGAAGAAUGAAGGAACUGAGAGGAGUAUGAAGAGGAGGAAGAAGAAGAAGAAGAAGAAGAAGAGAAGGAAAAGAAGGAGGAGGUAUGAGGAGGAGGAGGAGGAAGAAGAGGAGGAGGAGGAGGAGGAGGUAUCUAUUUCUUCCUUUAUAAUUUUUUUUUAUAUAUAUUUCUCUCUCUCUCUCUCUGGUGUGUGUGUGUGUGUGUGUGUGUGUGUGUGUGUGAACGGGCAUUAUCGCACUUAUGUAAAAAUUGACGCACAUAAUUAUAAAAAAAAAACAGGAAAAAUAUAUUAGUUACCCCAUUAAUACUAUAGGCCUAUCACACCCUGCCUCAGCCUAUAAGAUUACCCUAGGCCUACUCCAACAUAACCAGCCCAUGAAGUUACUCUGCUAUAAGGUCUUCAAUAUGUGCUGGUCUGUCCUCCUCCUCCUCCUCCUCCUCCUCCUCCUCCUCCUCCUCCCUCUUCUAUCUUCUCCUUACCCUUCUUCCUCUUCCUCCCCAUCUUCUUCCUCCUUCUUCUUCUCCUUCCCUAUUUAGCUUCUCUUCCUCCUCCUUCCUCUUUCCUUUCUUGACAGCCCCUUUUUCCUCCUCCUCCUCCUCCUCCUCCUCCUC